AGCCGUUUUUCAAGCCACCUUCGCUCCGGAUUUUUUGCGGGCGCGGCCAGCGACAGGACCCCCACCCUUCCUAAGGGACGUCGGACGGCUUGAGGUUCCCACUGCGGUGCCCCUGCAGGUCCAGAUCCCCUUCCCAAGGGUGCGGCUCUGUCUGCCGAGUCGUUUUGUGCCCUGCCCUCGAGGGGGGCGCCUCUGCGGGUCACCGACCAUGGCGCGCGCUGGCGCCAGGCCCCUCCCCGUCGCGCUCCUCGCUGGGCUCCUCGCGGGCGCCUGCUGGAGCGGCUGCUUCGUGCCGGCGGUGGACCGGCGGGCCGUGCUCGCGGCGGCGGCCGCGGCCGCCGCCGCCGCGGGGCGGCAGCAGCCCGCCGAGGCCGCCCAGGCGAGGUUCUCCGUGUUCGGGUUCGACGGCAGCGGGAAGGGCGCGGUGUCGGACGCCUACCAGCAGAUCGACCCUGAUGCGGUCUCGCCUUAUUCGCAGUUCAGCAAUCCCAAGGACUCGGAGUACACGAACGACAAGGCGCUGCAGGAUAAGAUUUACGCGAGGAACAAGGCCAGGGUGAUCGAGUACGUGUCGAUGCUCGACAAAGUCCCAGAGCUGAUUCAGAAGAAGCAGUCCGAGAAUCUGAAGAGCCUGCUGACCACCAAGCUCUACAGUCUUCGCGAAAACAUGGAGUACGUGACCACCAAGGGCACGCCGUUCUACCGCAAGAACGACGCGGCAGGUAUGAAGGAGGCCGACCUCUUCUUCCAGGAUCUGGCCGACCUCGGCGUGGCGGGCAGGGAGAGGAACUGGGGCUGGGCGACCGAGUCGUACGAGAAGUCCAAGGGCAGCUUCCAGGCGUGGAUGAACGUGGUGGGGCUCUGAGCAGUCGAGCAGCGGGGCGGCCGCGCGGCCCUCCGCGGCGACGUCGCCCGCGGGGCGGCGCCCGCGGGCCGGGCCCGGGCCACAGGCGCAGGCGAGCGUCGGGGGCAGCGUCGGGUUUUUUUUGAGCACGCCGCCUGCGACGCCGAGCGGCCGGGCGGCCACUGGCAGCGCGACGAAGGGCGCGCAUGAGCGGCGGGAGCCCCAGGUCGUUGGAUGUCUUCCAGCUGCGUGGUGUGCCCAGGGUGCGCUGCAGCCGGUGUCGCCAGUCAGGGAGUCGCCAGAAACAGACUCACGGGCUGCAGCCUGAUCUCCUCCCUUGCUCUCGAAUUGCGCUCCAUUGAACAAUUCGAAUUUCAUCGUGUCUGAGUAGGAAGGGUACCAAAAGACAGCGCACCUAUGUUUUAUGUGUGCUUACCUCUGCGAAGCAGAGUCGUCUACUUUCUCUACUCACUCAGCGCGUGCUCAAACG